UCUUAAUUUACAGUAGUAUUUUGGCUGGCAUAUGAUCAUACUAUGAUAUAGGGAUAUGUUGGUUCUCCAAAGCAAAACAAAUGUGAUAUUGUGAUUGUGAAAAACAUGGAGCGGCCAAGCCGAGCCGAUCCCAUGACGCCAGCCACUUUCCACGGCCCGUCUCAGACUCAGUGGGUUCCCUUCAACGUCACGCGCCCUUCCCCGGCGACUCAACGCCUCUACCGUACCGCAUUACCCUACUCUCUUUCUCCUUCUCUCAUGCGUCCGCCACUCUCCUCCCUCUUUCUCUCUCAUCGUUCCCACUUUAACCCCUUUCACCUUCUCUCCGGCUAGUCGCCGUUCUUUCUCCGAUGGGGGAUAUGCGCGAGUCUCUCACGCCGCCUGUGAACCAUUCGCGCCCGAUGCCCGUCCGCGAAGAUUGUUGGACCGAGGAAGCUACCUCCACCCUCGUCGACGCUUGGGGCCGCCGUUAUAUACAGCUUAACCGCGGCAAUCUCCGUCAGAAGGACUGGCAGGACGUGGCGGACGCUGUCAACGCUCUACAUGGUCAUACCAAGAAGACGCAUCGGACGGAUGUUCAGUGCAAGAACCGCAUCGACACCAUUAAGAAGAAGUAUAAGAUUGAGAAGAAUAGGGUUUCCUCCCCAGGCGGGGCUCCUUCUACUUGGCCCUUCUUCGAUCGCUUAGACGUUUUGAUUGGGCCUGCUUUGAGUGCAAAAAAGGCGUCGCCGUCGCCUCCGGUGCCGCUUUCUUUGCCGUAUCAUAAAACCCCGUCCCCCGUACCUGCGGUGCCGGUGACGACCUUAGCGCUACCGCAGAAGCGGUCGGCGGCGGCACUAUUGGAGGAUGGAUUCUUCAUGAGGAAUUAUUCAGCUAUGGCAGCCGCGGCAGCUGCAGCAGAGGCCGAUGAGGAUGAGGAUGACGACGAGGGCGAGGAAGAUGAAGUUGAAGAGAGGGGAAGCGAGGUUGAGGAAGAAGAGAGGGAGAAGGAAGGGGUGAGGAGCUUGGCAAAAGCAAUCGAGAGGUUCGGGGAAGUUUAUGAGAGAAUGGAGAGAGAGAAAUUGAGGCAGAUGGUGGAUUUGGAGAAACAGAGGAUGCAGUUUACUAAAGAUCUGGAAGUACAAAGGAUGCAUAUGUUCAUGGACACGCAAGUUCAGUUGGGGAGGAUCAAGCGCGGGAAGCGACCUGGAUCUAAUGAUAUGUAUAGCUAGCCAAGUGCGCAAAGCUUGGACAGUGAUUGCUGAUUGGAAGGCUUUUUGAGAAUUGAGAUCCUGUUUCUUAAAGUAUAACCUUCUGGUAAGGUAUAUCUUAAGCUGCUGAUAGGUAUGCCAUCAUCAGGGAUUACCAAUUAACGACUAUCAUUCAUUUAGCUGGAUUUUCGUCUGUACGUUGGAGGCCGUAGUGAAUUAAUUCAGUAACCGUGCUCGAUCCAAGUCGAGCUCACAUAUACAAUGUCUAAUUUAGGUCAGUACUGUUUCUAACCAGUUUUUCACCCCUCCAGUAUGCUGAGAUAAUUCAUAGCGGACUGGCAUUUCUUCAAGAAGCUGAAGGAAAAUAUGUAGUGUUAUUUUCUUUUUCUUUUCUUGCCCUUAAACAUGUAGUGUUAUCUUCAAAUUUAAUUAUUUUAGUAAACUGGAAGUGUAUUUACCAUGGUAAAAUAUUGCUGAGA